AUGCUCUUUCAUGUUACAUUGUGGAAAAGUUUACAAAACAAAUGUCUUUGUAAUGUCUCACAGUCACUGUGACUGUUCUAAUUCUAACCUCUCUCUCCAGGAAGCUACUUGUCCAAGGAUGCCAAGUUCUCCCACAGCUACACCAGCCAGUCAGGAGUCAGGUCCAUGUUUGUUUGUCGUGUGCUGGUGGGAAAUUACAUGCAAGGACACUCCAGCUACCUCCGCCCCCCCCCCCCUCAAACGACGGAAGUCCACACCAUCUCCUAUGACAGCUGUGUGGAUGAUAUCUACAACCCCUCUGUAUUUGUGGUGGUCAGGAAGCACCAGGUGUACCCAGAGUACCUUAUUCAGUACAGGGAAGGAUCCAGGCCUGGGACCUAUGUUCCACCACCUAACGUUGUCCAAAACCAGAGCCACCACGACAUAAACUGGCAACCUAUUCCAGUCAUGCUACACUCACAAGCCACCCCUGUGCUGCCCAACAAUGCAAGGUUCAGAUCUCCUUCCCCAACAGGACCGGCCUUUGCCCAGCCCACACUCAGUACCCAGACACUAUUUUCUCACUACUCAAACCCACCCAGGCCCCCCUCCAUUCCCUCUGUUUCAAACCCUUCAAGGCAGAGAACCCCCAGACCUACCUUAACGCAUUCUUCUGCACAGUUUGAUUCCCUGAACUCCUUGACACAUCCAUCAUUUCAGCCAGGUCUGAUGACUUACGUCCCUAACCCACCACCCUGGGUCGGCUCUAUGACCUCCAUACCACACGCACCUCCAUCAAGGACAAGAAGAUCACAGUUUGCUAAAAUGAAGGUAAAAAGUAAAUCUAUGGCAUCACUAGAUAAUCUAUAA